UGCAUUGUUUAUAUCAGGAUGCUGAAUACCCAUAUUGUCAGUGCUGUGGCCGUUGUGGUGUCCUUUCUCGCCGGAUACAGAUUCGGCAACAAGAUCACUGGCAAGGAUGCCGGUAAAGGCGGUGGUGAUGCGUCGAAGACCACAGCAUCCAAAAAGGAGGAGGAAAAUAUUUUCUCAGACUUUGGCGGCGAGUACAAAAUGAUCCUGGUGGUCAGGAACGAUCUCAAAAUGGGCAAGGGAAAAAUCGCAGCCCAGUGUGGCCAUGCGGCUGUGGGCGCUUUCGAGGGAGCAUUGAAAAAGACACCGUCCGUGUUGCGAAAGUGGCAGCACACCGGUCAGGCCAAGAUUGCCGUCAAGGUCGAGAACGAACAGCAGCUAAUGGAGGUCUAUCGCACCGCCAAGGCAAACAAUCUGAACUGCUGCCUGAUCCGCGAUGCCGGCAGGACUCAGAUUGAACCGAACAGCAAAACCGUGCUGGCGAUCGGACCAGCACCCAAUCAGGUGAUCGAUAUGAUUACGGGUCAUCUGAAGCUGCUGUAAGCGGAAGGCGCGAUUGAUCAGUGUAUUUCGAAUAUAAUGCCAAACG